GUGUAUAUUUUUGGUGUCCAGCAGUGGCGUAGGAGCAUGUAUGUGAUAUAAACCAAAGCCUGCAUUGUCUCUUAACUGUUUCUGAAGAAGCUGUAUAUGAAGCUCCAGUUUGGGUGGAAGAUAUGAUACCUGUAACAGCAGCUGGAGCAGCAUGGACAUUGCCAGGUCCUGCAGAGCCAGCAGGCAAAGGAAGAGAUCUAGGACUGAGACAGACCAAUGCCUUAAAUUACUUAAAUUACUGAAGAAUUAGUCCUUCAGGUAUUCUUACUGUUUGCAUGGAGUUUGUGGUACCAAGGUAGCAAGAUACUCAAUUUUUGAUGUAUUCUGAUGGGAUCACAGACUUGGCCUUUCUGCAAAUGUGCAAUCUGCCAAUCCGGGUGAUUUGCAGAGCAAAUGCCGAGUACAUGUCCCCAUCUGGGAAAGUACCCUUUAUUCAUGUGGGAAAUCAAGUGGUAUCUGAACUUGGACCCAUAGUCCAGUUUGUAAAAGCCAAGGGCCAUUCUCUCAGUGAUGGAUUGGAUGAAGUCCAAAAAGCUGAGAUGAAAGCCUACAUGGAACUGGUCAAUAAUAUGCUCUUGACAGCAGAGCUCUAUCUCCAGUGGUGUGAUGAUGUUACAGUAGAGGAGAUUACUCACCCAAGGUAUGGCUCUCCUUAUCCGUGGCCUCUUAACCGCAUUUUGUCCUAUCAGAAGCAGUGGGAGGUUAGGCGAAAGAUGAAAGCCAUUGGAUGGGCUGGAAAGACCCUAGAACAGGUGCUUGAAGAUGUAGAUCAGUGCUGUCAGGCUCUCUCCCAGAGAUUAGGAACACAACCAUAUUUCUUCAAUAAACAACCAACUGAAUUAGAUGCUCUGGUAUUUGGACAUCUGUUCACAAUCCUUACUACUCAACUAAUCACUGAUGAACUCUCUGAAAAAGUGAAGAACUACAGUAAUCUUACAGCAUUUUGUCGGCGAAUAGAGCAGCAGUACUUUGAGGGUCAUGACAAAGACAGCUGUACAGUUUCAGUCCAAUCUUCCAAGAAAUCAUCCUUGCUCAAAUAAGCAUGGUGCUUAGGGUGGAUCACAUUUCAGUUUUGCGUUUAUUUUUGUUAAAUAAAUUGAUUUUGGGAAUAGAAUGGCAUUUUGAAGCUGCCAAAUUGUUCUGGAGUGAGAAAAAAAUGUUAGCUACAGUAUUUGUGUUGUAGAAUAUUAUGUACACAUUUAAGUUGAAAUGUCUGUAUGAAUGUUUCCAUUUUAUUAGCCUGUAUGCCAUUUACUGUAAAGUGACCUUGGAAAAAUUGUAUCUAUUUAAAAAAAAAUAAAACACUGAAGUUGA